GGACUAGCCUUUAUUUACUGGUUUGUAACCUGGUAGCGUGUUUACGGUACGAUAAGUUCUCGCGAUGGGGCGAGUUGUCCAGAUUUUUUGGGCGAGUUGUCUUGGGGCGAUUUGUCUAGCUCCCCUCGCGAUUAGCUCCCCUUCCGGAAAAGUCUGGAUGACCCGGAAGAUCGACAAAUGUCAACACAAGAGUUAACGAGGUGUUGACAAUCACAAUAUUUUAACGUGUAUUGUAAUAAUAUAGCACCAUGAAAUUUGAAAUCGUUAGUAUGUCAUUUGGAAUAGUCUUCUUACAACUAUUGCAAACAACAAGAUGUCUUCAUUUAACAGGAACAUGGAAAACAUCAGAAUUCUACCGGUUUCUGACAAAAUUUGGAUUUCAAAAAACUGAUCCAGGAAAGCUUGAUGACACCCAGGGAUUUGUGUACGGCAAUGUUACAGCGAAAGACAGCAAACUUAAUAAUAAAUUCACGCUUGUCCUCGUUGACAGCGACUAUUUCUUGGAAUUCUAUGGAAAUCAGAGUGUACAUGGUGCAGACACAUGUUCAAAAAUGUUCAGAAAAAUUGAUACAAUGGCGUUUGAUUAUCCUUGCCACACAGAUAAGACAGAGGAUUUCCUGAGAAAAAUCCCAUGCCCUUCUGGUCAAUUAUGCAUAGACGAAGAUAACCCUAAAAAUGUGUUGCCUGGAUAUCAGUUUACUUACAGAAUCCAAAACUCUGUGCAACCAAGGUUUUGGUAUGUGAGUUUAGUAGCCUGUCAUCGCACAUCACAAUCUUGUAGCUGGCAAGAAAGAACAGACUUGGAUUUUGAAGUGGAAUAUGACAUAUGGCUGGUCAAUGGUGACCCGGCAUCGAAGCACUUGAACCCAUUUGAACACCAGUUCUCGUUUGAAAUGCACGAUGUGUUUGAGAUAUACGCCAUAUUCUGUUUACUGUAUAUACCAACAAUUGUUGUGUGGCUAAUGGCUUUUUACAAGCAACUUCAUACAAUUACCAAGAUGUUUACUGUGUGUAUUUGUGGAGAGUUUGCUGGCAUUUCUUUUAACUUCCUUCAUGUGCUCAUUUUUGCAUUCAAUGGAGUUGGAGCAGAGUGGUUAAAAGUGCUGGGAAAUUUACUCGGGAUUUUGGCAGAGUGUUUGUUCAUGCUGUUAUUGCUGGUAAUUGCCAAAGGAUGGACAGUGACAAGUUUGACAUUGUCUUCAAAAUUACACGUCAUUGGCAUCUGGACAGUUUACACAGUUCUCAACACAGUGUUCUUCAUUGUUAGUCUAACAAAAGUUGACCUCAUUACCAAUGUAGAUGAGUGGAACAGUUGGCCUGGAUACGUGAUUGUGGCCUUCAGAUUGGUUGUCAUGAUAUGGUUCUUCUUUGAACUUCGGGCCACAAUGCGACAUGAUUUUCCCAUGACUCUUCUGGCUCGACUCGAUUUCUACCACCAGUUUGCGGCAUACUACCUUGUUUGGUUUAUUUACCUACCAGUGCUGGUCCUUAUAGCCAACCAAUUUUCUUAUCUGUGGAGAUAUAAAACUAUUCUUAGUAUCACAUAUGGAGCUGACUGGUUGUCAUUCCUGGUACUGAUACACCUGUUCUGGCCCUCACGCUCUGUUCUAUAUCUGAUCAAGGGAGAACAGCCCCUGUCUCAGUAUGACCUUGAAGCAAUAGGUUUGGAUGAAUUUGACAACGAAGACACCGUAUAUGAAUCUCGGAGAUUUUCAUCAAAACAGGAAUCGUACAGAAUGAAAAAGCAAGAAACCACACUUCCUGUUAUACAGGAAGCAAAUCCAGUUAAUGGAGUGACAGAAAGAAACAAAAAGGCAGUGGAAACAACAGAUGGAAGUGUUAAAAAACGUACAAAAAUUGAUAGUAAAACAAAACUCUUGGACAUCAAUGAUUCUAGUCCAAAGAUUCAUAAAAAUAAAGAUUAUUAUAAGGAAAAUGGAACUGCAUAUACAAACGUUAAUCUUAGCGGUAGUGAUGAAGAUUAAUGUGAGUUGUGAUACCAAUUGUAUGCAUGUUUGAAGUGAACCUUUCACUUACUAGUAAUGGACCUGGGUGCAUCUAGGUGCAUACAAAAUUCUUCCUUUAUCAAAAAUAUUGUUUUAAUGUAAUUUUCUUAAAAGCUCUAUUUUGGAUUCAAAUAUUUAGAAUUUGUGAAUUUAGAAGGAUUAUAAAAGUGAUUUAUAAGCCAGAUAUUGUACAUUUAAUACAAGCAAAUUGUUUGCUCAUUGAAUAAGAUGUUUUAUGAACAAGCCAUUUUAAUACUCUCAUCUUUCCUUUGUAUGAUGUUUUCAUGUGAGACACUUAAAAAGUGAUCCAUUUUGUGUAUGCUAUUAAUGGAGUUUAAUUGUUCAUUUUAUCUUAAAUUACCAGUACUGGUAUAUUACGGCUCAACAUUUUAUCUGACUUCAAUUAGAUAUAUUUUAUGCCAAAUUCUUAUAUACGAUUAUUUCUAUAUUCUGGGAAUUAAUCCGUUAAAGAUGUUACAUGCUGUGAAUAGCACAUGGUGUGUUAAUUUAUUCAUGGCUAUUUACUUAUUGAUGUUUUAUUUCGUUCACAUCAUUGUGUGACACAGGACAACAACGUGUUAGCUGUUAAUAUUCAUUGGACCGAAAUAAUUCCUUGUUGCAUCAGCUACUGGAUACAUUAUACACCUAGCAGGAUUAUGAGCUGUUAUGAGUUAUAAUUACAAGCCAGCAGUGUGCACAUAUGGUCUUGUAUCAUUGUUACACUAUGAUACAUGCUGGUAUUGUUAAAUAAAAAUAUGUGGUAACAUUCUGUAAAUAUUCGCCACUCAUUUUAAAAUAUCAUACAUUUUCAUGCUCUUUUUUAAUUUAGAAGGGUUCCACUUCAACGAUUCUUCUAGAGAAAAUAUGUCAUAAAUUUUGUUUUAAUUUAAUAAACAUGUGGCAAUUUCAUUUACUGCCAGGGAACAUUUAUAGAUGCAUUUUAAUCAUGUUCCAAUUUUAUAAUGAUUAUUUAUUCUAAUUGUAUAACACAUACAAUGUAUUUGCUAAGAAAAAACAUUUAAGAAGAAACUUAAGUUGAACAUAAUAUAAAACAAAGAUCUAUAAAUAAGCAAAGAUCAGCUAUAUCAGGUUUUCACGGAAAUUCCCCCGGACAAUACAAGAUUUGAGUCAUGUGACUAUAGGUUAGGUAUGACAAAUAUUUCGUCUGUAUCGGGAUUGUAAGUAACGUUGUAGAUUGAUGGUACAGAAUACAUGACUGUACUACUUUAUAUAAUGUAACAAGGCUAUUGUCAAGCAAUAUGGUACCCUACCGGUUCCACCAUUGUCAGAAAUUCCACCAUUUUUUUACAUUUUAUUUUUGGUUGCCAUAGCAACCACAAUUUUUGACGUAGGAACAAAAUGAAAUGACAUGCAUAAUGUCCAUAUUGCCAUCUAUCCAUGUUGCAAGUUUCAUGAAAAAAUAUGAAGAACUUUUAAAGUUAUCGCAGGAUCCAGAAAAGUGUGACAGACAGACAGACUCACAGACAGAAUCACAAAGCGCAAACCAUAAGUCCCCUCUGGUGAAACCAGUAGGGGACAAUAAAGCUUAUCUUAUUGGUAAUCAAAUUCUAACAUUACAUGUAAUGCCAUUAAUUCACCGGUUCAAAGCAAAGAUCUUUAAAGAUGCCAAAAUUCAACUUAUGAAGUGUUAUAAGCGCCCAAUUUAUUCAGGACAUAUAGUAUGUACCGAUACGCUAACAAGAAAAAACUUUGUCACAAGUUGAAUCGUCUUAUUUCCUAGGAGAAAACAUCUAUCAUUAAAGAAUGUUUAUUGGUGGAUAUUGUCUGAGAAAGAUUCAAUGCUCUAUCAAUAACCAAUCUUAUUUGAAUUCGGCCAUUAAAUGUUUAUUUAUAGAUCUUUAUAUUAUUAUUAAAUUAUCAUAGGAUUCUUAAUAAAAAAUGAAAUCCUAGGAUGUAUGAGAUGAGUGGAUUUUGACAAUAUUGCAACCUCAUUUUAAGAUAACAACACUUAGAUGUAAAAUCACCAUUCUGUAAUGUUUUAAAGGGACUUAAUCACUGAUUUUUUUUAUUGAUUUUUUUUUUGAUUUUUUUUUCUUUAUUUUUUUUAUUAUUUAUAUUUAUGCAUUUAAGAAUAAGAAUAAAAAUAUUUGCUGCAUAGACUUAUCUGGGAUAACACUAUGAACAUGCCUCAUUUUCUCAAAUCAUGGCUCAAGUGAUUCAUGUAUAUACAAGGGAGCUCCAACAAAUACAUGCUAAGGUUUAAAUUGACAAAAAUAAGUAUCCUGUUAAAGGGGCCUUUUCACAGAUUUUGGCAUGUAUUGAAGUUUGUCAUAAAAAUAAAUGCUUUAUAUUGAUAAAUGUAAAUAUUGGCUAUAAAAAGCUCCAGUAAAAAAACAAGAGUAAAAUUAAAGAAAGAAAAAAGUAACCCUCAACUGGGCUCGAACCACUGACCCCUGGAGUAAAAGUCUAUCGCUUAGACCACUCGGCCAUCCGUGCUCAUACAAUGAGCGAUGUAUUUUAUUCUUUAUAUAAGCAAUCAUUGUAGGAUCACAAAAUAUAACAACAACAACAGAACUCUCCAAAUUAUUCAAUUGUUUUACUUUAAUUGUGUUGCAACGCUUUAUAAUUUUCAGGUUUUUAAAUCAUCAAAAAUGCAUAUAAUGGAUAUUUUAAAGCAUGGUAAAUGUUAAGUAUUACUGUUUCCUCACACAUAUCAUAAUUACAAUGAAAAUUUGUGAAUCUGAAACAUAUUUUUUAAUUUUGUCAAUUUACCAAAACGUGCGAAGGCCCAUUUUAACCCACUACCUGUCCAUAGUUUUCGUGCUCAGUGAAGCGUUAUAUGGUGAGAAAUGAAAGUUGCAUUUAAGUUUAAGUGGAGAAAAAACAAUAAAGAUUACCCUCAGGCCAUUAUAUGAUAGUGUCUGAAAUAAAAAACACUUAACAAAUUCUGAUAUUAGUUGAUGUAGAUGUCAGAAAACAUUAACUGAUAUUUUUCAUAUGAUUAAAAACUGUGUUUACUGUUAUGUUGACAGAGGAUUGUGUUGUUUUCUACCUUAAGUAUUGUAAAAAAACAGUUUCCAUAUUGGAACACUGCUACCUACGUUGUUAAUUAAAAGGGUAUUAGUGUGACUGUCACCAUAUAACUGAAUGAGUUAAAGAUAAUUUGUUAAAAGGUUCAUAGUACUGUUACUUGUGAUCAUGGGAACCAGUCUUAAAGCCUAUAUUUGUUCGCAGUCCACAUUCAAGGGUUGCGCAAUGCUGACAUGUUUUAAUAUAAUGAUUUUUUACAGUUUUAAACAGUAUUUGUAUUUUUCGCAGUAUUCAGCUUGUUACUUCCAUUCCAAUUGGUGGUUGUGUUAACUGCAUUCCUUAUUCAGGGUUUUCUGAAGUUCAUAUUUUACGUUUGGGGACCUAAAUAUAAUUAUGUGAAUGGAGCAUAUUUAAAAUCUGAUUGCAUUUGUAAUCUUUUUCAUUAUUAUUCAUCCCAUAAUUUCAUUUGUUCCUGCUUUAGAGCUGGACAAUUGAACGUCCUUAUUUCUCAGUUUGUAUCAAAUGAUAUACAGACUUACUUGUGUGUUUUUUAUUAAACGUUCACAAACAUGAUGCUGUGUUAUUUGAUAUCAUCUGUACUUACCGGUAUUCUAUGGAGUUUUGUGUGAGAUAAACGGGAAAAAAAGCACAAACUCAAGUUCAGUUUUCAAUAUUGUGCAAACAUUAAACUUAUAGGAUGCAGUUUACAGCUUAUUUACUGCAAGUAUUAAAGCUUGUUGGUCACCAUUUUGGCCAGCAAGGAGAGGCAAUUUUUGUAUGUACAAAAACAAACAAGAAUUAACUAAUUAACCAUUUAGAUCUCGUAUUUUGACACAUUUAUUUAUUCAUUACUAAAUUCAAGUUUUAAAGGCUUCAUGUCAGACCUUUCUAGAUACUGAUGAGCAGCAAACAGCAUUAAACCUGAACAGACUGCGAGUUACUCGCAGGCUGUUCUGGUUUCACUUCUUAUGGGGGAAAGGGCCUUAACCCUUUGCAUGCUGGGAAAUUUGUCGUCUGCUAAAAUGUUGUCUGCUUAAUUUCUAAAAUAAGCAUUUUCUUCGAUUUAUUUCAAAGAAUAUUAUCAGAAUAGCAAACAGUUUGGAUCCUGAUGAGAUGCCACGUUCUGUGGCGUCUUAUCUGGAUCCAAACUGUUUGCAAAGGCCUCCAAAAUUCGGUUCCCGCACUGAAAGGGUAAAAGAUUUGUAUUGACCUAACAUUAAAUAAAAUGAGGCUUGUUAUGGCCUUGGUCAACGUUAUAGAAUACAUCAAGUUAACUUAGAUAUCAGUAAACCUGAAUGAAUUGUAAUCAAAUGCCAAUAAUCAUCAAAAGUUGGUUUGUUUAAAAAAAAUACUGGAUCUAUAAAGUGCACAUCUUUCAAUAGAUUGCUGUAACGUUCAUAAUCAUAUGUUUAGAUUCAUGUUUGUCAAGGAAAUCAUUAUUAUAUGAUAAGAUUUAUCAGUGACUUUACUCGAGUAUUUGUUUUGAUCAAGGACCAUUAUCAUUUCAGAUAAUAUCAUAAUUUUAUCAUAAGAUAAAACAUUUCUGCUUUUCAGUUAUGCCCAUUACCGGUACAUGUAAAACAGUUGUGUUUUAUUUGUGUUUUUUCAUCCCUUGCUUAAAUGGACCUGCAUAUUUUUCCAUGCUGGCAUCAUUUCAUUAAGAAGAUAAAUGUAUUUCAAAUGU